CCCUGUCAGUAGGCCCUACCCCCGGGCCGGAUCCUCGGCCCGUGAUUGGCCGCUCGGGAUGUCAGCACUGACUGGUUCAGCUCAGGACGCGCUCGCCGCCUCCUGUCAGAAUAGAACCCGGACGGGUGCCGGGCUAGGCAGGGGCUGCAGCUGCCGCCGCCGGUCCGGGAGUCAGGAUGAAGGCAGUUCGUGAUUGGGUGUGAGCCCUGCGCUCUCACCCCCCCCCACAUCUCCUCUCCCGGUCCCCUCCUCCCCAGUCACCUACCCGGACCAAAGAUGGCGGGCGGCUCUAUCAGCACAACACUGCCCACUCUCAACAUGCCGGCGCGCACUCCCCGCCGGCUCUUGCCCGUAGUGAUGUUGCUGCUGCUGCUGGCUCUCCGUGGCUGCCCAGCCGACUCGCCACCCCCCAGCCCCGGAGCCGAGGAGGAGGAGGAGGAGGGCGCGGAGACGGUGAUAAUCGGGCUGCGGCUGGAGGAUACGGACGACGUCUCGUUCAUGAAAGCCGGGGCGCUGCGGGUGAGCGAGCGGAGCCGUGUGGAGUUGCGGGUGUACGGGCAGAACAUCGACAACGAGACCUGGUCCAAGAUCGCCUUCACCGAGCACCCGCCCCCCUGGGGCGCCGGCGAGAGCCCCGAGCCCGGCGGCCAGGAGGGCUUCCACCCGUGCGGGAUCCGCACGUCAGACAUCAUCAUCCUGCCCAGCAUCCGCCUGAGCCGCCGCAGCUCAGGCACCGUGGAGAUCGAGAUGAAGCCCCUGCGCAAGACUGAGAAGAGCAAGGCGUACUACCUGUGCACGUCCGUCUCCAGCCCCCCGCCGCCAUCCCCCGGUGGUCACCAGCCCUGGACCGAGACCACCUGGGUCUACCACGCCGGCGACGACACCCGGGUGAUUGUGGAGGAGGAGAAGAAGUUCCUGCUCCCCUUCUGGCUGCAGGUUAUCGUCAUUGCCCUUCUGCUCUGCCUCUCCGGCAUGUUCAGCGGCCUCAACCUCGGGCUGAUGGCCCUGGACCCCAUGGAGCUGCGCAUCGUGCAGAAUUGCGGCACCGACAAGGAGAAGAACUACGCCAAGCGCAUCGAGCCCGUUCGCCGCCAGGGCAACUACCUGCUCUGCUCGCUGCUGCUGGGCAACGUGCUGGUCAACACCACCCUCACCAUCCUGCUGGACGACAUCGCCGGCUCCGGGCUGGUGGCCGUGGUGGUCUCCACCAUCGGCAUCGUUAUCUUCGGCGAGAUCGUGCCCCAGGCAAUCUGCUCCCGACACGGCCUGGCCGUGGGGGCCAACACCAUCUUCCUCACCAAGUUCUUCAUGAUGAUGACCUUCCCGGCCUCCUACCCGGUCAGCAAGCUGCUGGACUGCGUCCUGGGCCAGGAGAUCGGCACCGUCUACAACCGGGAGAAGCUGUUGGAGAUGCUCAGGGUCACCGACCCCUACAACGACCUGGUCAAAGAGGAGCUCAACAUCAUUCAGGGGGCCCUGGAGCUCAGGACCAAGACGGUGGAGGACGUGAUGACCCCACUCAGGGACUGCUUCAUGAUGGCCGGGGAUGCCACUCUUGACUUUAACACCAUGUCCGAGAUCAUGGAGAGUGGCUACACCCGCAUCCCUGUCUAUGAGGGGGAGAGGUCAAACAUCGUGGACCUGCUCUUCGUCAAGGACCUGGCUUUUGUGGACCCAGACGACUGCACCCCGCUGAAGACCAUCACCAAGUUCUACAACCACCCCCUGCACUUUGUCUUCAAUGACACCAAGCUGGAUGCCAUGCUGGAAGAGUUCAAGAAAGGUAAAUCCCACCUGGCAAUAGUACAGAGGGUGAACAAUGAAGGAGAAGGGGACCCGUUUUAUGAGGUGCUCGGUAUUGUCACCUUGGAAGAUGUUAUAGAAGAAAUCAUCAAAUCUGAAAUCUUAGACGAGACAGAUUUAUACACUGAUAACAGGACGAAAAAGAAAAUAACCCAUCGAGAGAGGAAGCAAGAUUUCUCCGCUUUUAAGCAAACCGACAGCGAGAUGAAGGUUAAAAUAUCACCACAACUACUUCUGGCUAUGCACCGUUUCCUGGCAACAGAAGUGGAUGCCUUUAGUCCUUCUCAGAUGUCACAGAAGAUUCUUCUGAGGCUGCUGAAACACCCCAAUGUCAUCCAGGAGCUAAAGUUUGAUGACAGGAACAAAAAGUCUCCUGAAUACUACCUCUACCAGCGAAAUAAGCCAGUAGAUUACUUUGUGCUGGUAUUACAGGGGAAAGUAGAAGUGGAAGCCGGGAAGGAAGGGAUGAAAUUCGAAGCCGGUGCCUUUUCCUACUACGGAGUGAUGGCACUCACAGCGUCUCCAGGUAUUCCCUUGUCCCUAUCUCGUACCUUUGUUGUCAGCAGAACAGAAUCGUUAGCUGGGUCUCCAGCUGAGAAUAAAUCACCACCUCGUCCUUGUGGAUUAAAUCAUUCAGACUCUCUAAAUAGAAGUGACCGAAUCGAUGCUGUCACACCAACGCUGGGGAGCAGUAACAAUCAGCUAAAUGCUUCGUUUUUGCAAGUGUAUAUCCCAGAUUACUCCGUGAGAGCCAUAACAGACAUGCAGUUUGUCAAGAUUACAAGACAGCAGUACCAAAAUGCCCUCAUGGCUUCUCGAAUGGACAAAACCCCUCAAUCCUCAGACAGUGAAAACACUAAAAUUGAAAUGACUCUAACUGAGCUACAUGACGGUUUAGCUGAAGAAACCGCAAAUCUGCUAAAUGAACAGAACUGUGUUUCACACAACAAGUCAAAUCACAGUAUGCACAAUGAAGGGCCCAUCUGAGCCAUUGUCAAGCAGCUUGCUAGAAUUCAGGACUAUCUUCACUCCAUUCUCCAGUUUCAUUCCUGGAUUCCUGUCUGUGCGACUGAAACGCGUUGAGUUUUUGCACCUGCCGCGUAUCAUCCAGCAUUCUGAGACCAAAGAUUCUGAGCCCAGCGGUGGCAGAACCCGAAGAGCUUAACACUAGAGUACGAGAGAGAUGUUUAUAGAAAAAAUAUAUAAUAAGAUAGAGAUUGAUAUAUGAGACCAAAAUGAUAAACGUUUAAGAUGAGAAUUUGAAAAGGAAUAUUUUUUUUCUUCCUUGUGUCCCAAUAUAGAUCUACAUUAUAUGUAGAGAUCACAUUCACUCCAGUUUUACUCUGGUUUUUAUUUUUUAAAAUAUAUAAUUUAAAUACUUACUCAAAUGGAUAGGCUCAUACUUGUAGUUGAUGGUGUUGAGUCCAGCAUCAGUCGUAUCCACGUUUCUAAUCUAUAAGCCAUUACCAGUAGGAAUUCCCGGCACAGGUUUACCUACAUUGACAAUUCAGUGUAUAUUAUGUGUUUUUUGAAGCGGUUGAUAAUACUUAAUCUGAAAGAGCAUGGGGAUGCCUACACCACUCCCUGGAUUUUAACAUUGUCAACAUAAUUACAAAGUUGGUUGAAAUUGAUUCUUGAAGGAUAAAACUUUUUGCCAUAUUACCUGCUUUCAAAUUGUAUCAGGUUUUUCAUGCUAAUCAAAACUUUUUUUGAUUUCCGCAGUCCAAGUGUGACGUAUUCCUGCCAUGAAUACUGUAGUGUUACCCCAAGUUCUGAGAAAUGCCCAAGCUAGCUACAUUUUAAAAUAUGUGGUAUCCAAUUAGAUUUGUCUAUUUUACUGUCAUUAAAGGGAAGUCCGUUUUCUCGUUCUCCCAUUGUACCCUUGAUCUGGGUAGAAAUGAUUGUGGAAUUUCUGCAAACUAUUAGUAAAGUAAUGCAGCCCGGCCAAUAAAUACCUGUGGGCUUUUUAACUACGUUUUUAAUAAUCGUAUUUAAUAAUGUGCUGGCAACCCUUUAGCUUAUCCACUAUUGAGUUAGAGGAUUACCCUAUUUGUACUAUCGACCACCCUUAGCCCGUUUUACAAACCCCAAGUUUACAUACAUGUUGAACAAUAGCUCUACCCCAAUACAGAGUUACUCAGUCUUCUACAAGCAGUGAGAUUUCUGUUACAUGCUUUGUCUCUGGUCCACUAAAUUUAAAGCAAAUGCUAUUGACCUAUACAUAAUCUUGAAUAGCUCCAGUACAAGAUUCACAAGAUCCAAGUUCAGUAUCUGUAAAAAUCAAGUAAAGAAUUGUUUACUUAAUAUGUUUAUCCCACGUACACAAAAUCUGUUUCUAAGCUGUUUGGCUUGAAGUGAUACCACAAAUUUUGUUCCCAAAUUCAUUUAAUAUUAUACGCCCUUGGUUAAGCAAAACCGUCACUUUCACACAGUAAGGCGGCCAUCUUGUGAGCUGAGCCAAUGAGAAUGCAGUGAUGACAUCACUGAAGGACUUUUAUCUAGAAAUGCCUUCCUCCGUGAUGUUACUGGGCUUCAGUCUAUUCAUGGUAUGCAUUAUUAUGAGAACCAGCUAACAUUGUAGCCUGCAUUAUGUUUAAGUGAUAGAUGAACGUUAAAUAUGCUUUAAUAGCCUCAACAAGUAGCUCAGUGCCUUAUGUGGUGUGUAUCUUUCGUGAGGCUAAAGAUUACAGAACACACUGCAAUCUCACUGUCAAAGUAAUUGUUAAUUUGAACUGUAUGGCUACCCCCAUAUCGGAUUGCAUUGCACAGGUGCACAAGCCAAUUGACUUACUAGGUGAACUGAAAUGCUUACCAACUGAGUCCCUGUACUUAAUUGUUUAACUGUAUAAUGUACACAAGCAGGAUCUAAUGCCUCCCGGCAGCCUUAUGUACACAUAACGGAGUCAAGGCCACUGUUUCCAAAGUAAUUAAACAGAGGCUCUUUUUAUAUUGAGGUAUACUGUAUUCAUUAAUUAUGAAAAGUAAUUUGCCCAGAAUAGGUUUCAGGAGGCACAGAUACUUGUCUGGAGUGACGCUGUAUAUCAGUGUGAUCUGUGGCAGUCUUUUCACAAUGAUCCUCCAUCUCCAUUGCACCCAUCGCCAGCACACAUUGGAAGCAGUCUUUAAGUGGGCUGAGCCGUUAAUCGUCAGGACACAGCCUAUUGAUUAAGUUGGAAUUAGUGCCCCAGUGAUGCAGCCAAGAUGGCCGCUUCCACUGUGCAGACGAUGGUAGUCCUUGAACAACGUAAUGGUGAUGACUGUUAUUGCAAAUAUAAAAAUAAAAAAGUUAUGCAUCUCAGAGUGCGUAUACCCAGCGUGAAUCCACCUUUUACUCCCAAAAUCUUUAUGGUGACUCUUAUCACACGUUAAUAUUUCACUAGUGAUGUGCUUUGAGUUUUAGUUGAACGGUAAAAUUAGUGCAAGUUUUUAGAAAUAAGAAUUCCUUGUGUCCCAGUGAUUUCAUUACUGUGGUAAUUUUUUGCCUCCUGUAAAAAUAAAAAAAUAAAAAUAAUAAAGACUAAACUAUUCACUGUGUAUAGGAGGAGAGAACGCUAAUCAUUUUAGAUAUGUUCUUUAUGUUCUUUCCUCCUAGAUGCCAUUAAAAUGUAUUAUGUCAGAGAAGAAAUGCUGCUGUAAUAGAGGUAAAACAGACUUGUGUGCCUAGAUUGCUAUUUUUUAUAUCUCCUGUGUCCUUGUAGAAUUACAGUUUAACCAUUAAAUGCCUAGAAUAAUUGUUAACAAUUUUCCCAGCUGUGAUAUUUAAUUUAUCUGUAAAUUACAACCCAGUCAGAUUUUCAAAAUAUUUGAAUAUAAACUGUGUUCAAUAUUUUCUUAAGAUGCUGAAAUAAGAUACUACCCCCCCUUCCCCCAUAUGCUAUUGUAGUCUGGUAAGACCACAGUAUGUAUUUUAAGUUUGCUGGAUAGAUAGAUAUAUAAGCAGCUUAGUACCAGCACUCAAUACAGUGCAUCCAGUAGGUGUAUGCUUCACCGACCGGACGCUGUUUAUUGAGUCCUAAGAGUGCCGUGCCGCCUAACACAUUGCAGAUAUAUAUAUUUAUGUGUGUCUAUACCCAUACAUAAUGUAUAGUAUGCAUGCAUAUGGUUAGGGUUGGUGCACUUGGUCAGCUACUUCUCUCUACCCAUCAAAGUGUUCAAGGCACUGCACAGGUGUUUGGAAUAAUGUUUUGUAUGUUACCUGUUUCCUGGACCAAUAUAUAAAAUUACUUGAUUGUGCCAGCAAGGAUAACAGUUUUCUGAUGCGUAUGUUCAACAGAUUUAUUCAUGCUGUUGAUUUGCAAUAAGAUUAUAUGUACAGGUAUAUUGUCUGUAUAUUUGCUGCCAUAAAAUAGGCAAAGAAAUAGAGAAAUGCACACUAAUUAGAAACACUUUCUGUGGUUUAACUGUGAAAUAAAACGGCAGUAUUAUUGUUCUUAAA